AUGGGCGGCAACAACGGUCUCAAGUUCAUCGCCGUGGCAGUGCUCCUCGAGUAUGUCUUCAUCAAGCCGCGGAUCAUGCUAGGAGGUGAUGGGACCGACUUUGUUGGCAUUGUGUUAGUUCACGCAGUCCUUGCUUAUAUCGGCAGACUCAAUACCCAGUACCUCACCGACAAGCAACGCUCCGCCGCACUCGCCAAUGGCCUUUUAGGCGGCGCAUUCGGCUACGCCUGGCUGCUGUUCCACAUCAAGUUCCACGAGCGCCAGGUUCAACACCUCUUCGUUGCCAAUGCCUUGAUUCUAGCUGGCAUCAUACUUCGAGCCUGGUAUGAUCGACGUUUGAACGCGCGCGAUGGCCGUCAAGUGUAA